AUGAAUAAAUCUAUGAAUAGAUCUAUAACUGAUAAUUCACAACUAAUAACAUGUGAUUCAUUAAAUAAAGAGGUUAUCCUUCCAGAUGGUUUAAAAGGUAUCCUCAAAUAUUUAGGUUCUGUACGUGGUAAGGAAGGAAUGUAUGCGGGUAUAGAAGUUUAUGAACCAAAAGGUAAACAUGAUGGUGUUUUUGAAGGUAUAAGAUAUUUUGAUGCUAAACCUAGUCAUGGUCUUUUUGCUCCAGCUCAUCGUGUUCGCCUAUCCUCCUCACAUUUGUCACCAAAAAAAUUUUACAACUUUGAUAGAAAAAAAGAUGAUAAUUUUGGUAAUCAUUUAACAAAAAUAAAACGUCCUAAUACAUUGAUACGUUCUGCAAUGCCAUCAUUAGGAAGAGAUUAUCAAGAAAAAUAUAGGGGAAUUAAUGAGAGUAAUAAUUUUCUUAUGGAUAAUUCAACAGGAGAAUAUACUUUACCUCUUGGUGAUGAUGAUUGUGGUAGUACAAAUGAUAUGGAUAUUUCAAUGAUAUCUUCAACAACCUCCUCCCAAAUGACACAAUCAAAAUUAUAUCAACAGGAACUGCUCACAUCUGAUUAUAAUAUGUGUAAUUCAUAUUCUACAUAUACUAUUGAUAAAAAACCGAUACCUAACUGGGGAUUAUUAGAGUGUUCAGGUGGAGGCUCGACUACAGAUAUUAACAUGUUAACACAACGAAUGUCAUUGAUGAAUAAUUCUUCUCUUGAUAGUGGUAGAAGUACAGCAAAUACUUCUCGUAAUAUGCUUUUAAAAGAAAAUAUAUUGUCUACAAGAACAAAUGAUUUUAAUGAUAAUAUAUUUUUAACAAAUAAUGAAUAUAUAAAUAAUGAUGAAGAUGAAGAAAUGUCUGUUUCUUGUAUUUUGGAGGCUCCUACUAUAGAUCCUUCUUUAUUACCAACUAUUAACGAAAAUAAUAUUAUUUCUGCUAAUUAUAUGACUGUUGAUUAUUAUAAUUCUAAUUUACCUCAAUCAUCAGAACUUCCAACACCAGUAGAAGAUGAUUUAGAAACACCAAUUGUAGAAAAUACAACAUUUGAUGUUCCAAAUACAACAUAUGACUAUGAUGAUUUUGAUCUUGACAAAAUUAAAGAAGAAAUGGAAAAAGAGGAUGAUAAUGAAAUGUUAUUUGAAUUAAGUAGUAGAGAAACUUCAUUUGGUGUUGAAACAGAUAAAACAACAGAAUAUAUUGAAGGUAAUAACAAUGAAAAAAAUGAUAAUGAUUUAAAUAUGAAUGGAAAUAAAUAUACAUCUCAUAAUCAUACACCAAACUCAAGAACACCUACAAAAGAAUCCCGAAAAAAUGGUACUAAAGGUAAUAUUUUGGGUUCUAAAGUUGAGGUAACACAAACACCACCAAAAGAAUCUAAAAGUGCAAUUGCAAGGAGACUUAAAGCAGAAAAGGCAGCUGCUGCAUUGGCUGCAGCUAAAGCAAAAGCUGCUGAAAAGGAACAAUUAAAAAAUGCUGAGGUACCUAAAAAGAAACAAAGAGUUUCAGUAAUGGAAAUAAUAAAAAGUUCUCCAUCUAAACCUAAAAUUCAUAAAACACAAACUAAAAAAUCUAGAAUUCAAGAAAUUGAAGAACGUAUAAAAGCCUCAAUUGAGGCAGAAAAAAAUAAACCGAAAAAGGAAAUUAAAUCAAAACUGGCUGCUGUUAUAUCUUCUGAAAAUGGUGGUAGUAGAGAAACAAUAACUUCUCAUAGUUCUAUUGAGGACAUGAAUAAACACAUAAAAACUACUUCUACUCUCCAUAGAGUUCCAUUAAAACAAACUAAUGAAUCUUCUAAAAAUACUGUAGUAUCAAAGCCUAUAGAUUUAUCAAAAGUUCAAAGUAAAGUUGCUGCUUCUAUUAAUUCUAAAACUGGAGUAACAAAAACAACCAUAACAAAAAAACCAUUAACUACAACAUCAAAACAUACUUCAUCUUUUGCUCCACCAUCUGUUUCAAAACUUCAAAAUAAAUUAAAUACUAUAAAAAGAGUGUCUACAAGUAAUACUACUAAAGGUAAAGAUAUAAAAAAUAUUGAAGAAAAAUUAGUAAAACUCCAAUAUAAUGCAAAUGUAGCAUUAGCAUUAGCUGUUGUAUCAAAUAAACUUAUGACUCAAAGUGAUAGAUACAAAGAAUUAUUGAAUAUUGAAAUAAAAGAAAAAAAGAAAUUAGAAAGAAACUUAGAAGAGAAAGUUUCUGAGAUAAAUGAUGAAUUAAUUAAAGUUACAACACGUUUCAAUAAUUCUCUUGAGGAGGAAAAAACUAAAAAUUAUAAUGAGUUAGAAAGAACUCGUGUAGAAUUUAAUGAACAAUUAAACUCUGCCCAUAUUCAGUAUCAGGCAAAGAUUUCUGAUCUUGAUGGAAGAUUAGCGGAGAGUGAGAAGCAGGUUAAACAACUUUUAUUGGAUAAAAAAGAGUUACAAGGAACAUUAUCAAAAAGUAAUGAUGAAAAAAUUAAAACUCUUUGUGAUGAAGUUAGUAGUUUAAAUACUGCUUUAGAGAUUAAAGGUCAAGAAAAUAAUAAAUUAAGAAGAGAAAAUGAAAGAUUACAACUUGAAAAUGACACAAUCCCAAGUAAAGAUAUUGAAAUAAGAAAAUUAAAAGUUAAAUUAGCUGAUAUUCAAUCAGAAUUAGAGUUACGAAAAAAUACUGAAAAAGCCUUAACAAAACAAUUUGAAGAACUUCAAAGAGAGGCAUAUGUUAAUAGAAGUUCUAAUGAAGAAGUAUGUAAAGAAAAUGAGUUGCUUAAAUAUAAAAUUGAAGAACUUCAAAAUUCUUUUUAUGAAACAGAGACAACACAUAGUACAGAUGACACUUUAUCACCACGUCUUCGUAUAUCUAAUUAUUCAAAAUUAAAUAGCCCACGGCCAGUUGCUUCAUCAACACCAAGAAAGAGUAACAAUGAUGUUGAUCCUAUGCAAACAUCAACUCUUUCAAUUUACCAAGAAUCUGGAAGAAAAAGAAAUUCAAUGCUCAAAAAUUCAAAUGCUGAUAUAAUUUAUGCCCCAGAAGGAGCAUUUAUAACAGGAGAAGAUACAUUCGAUGACGGUGAAGAACCAUUCUAA